AUGAGAUUUUUCUAUUUUAUGAGAACUCCAUUAAUGGAAUCGUUUGAUUUAAAGAUGGCGAGGUUCUCAAUAAACCUUCCGGCUACAGAUAUUAAGAUGAUAGGUUGGCUCCAUGCCAUAUUAAAGUAUAUUAUAUACCUUCCAUGCAAUAUAUGACUAAUUAUCAAUAGAGCCACAGCUUGAUUUUUUCUAAGUCUAUUAAAGCUAUUAGGCUUAAAAGUUAAGGAAAUAUCGCGAAAAAAUGGACUAAGGGUAUAUAUCCGGCUUAAUUAUAGCACAUCCCUAACACACCACAUCACAAAAAUUAAUUGCGGGGUUUUGGGCUUUUUGGGUUUUUGGGUUUUUGCGUUUUUGGGUUUUUGGGUUUUUGGGCUUUUGCAUAACUUUUCAGAUAUUAACUCCAGAAUUGUUUUAGCUGCAAUUUAUGCUUUACAUGCCAAAUUUGUCAAAUAUGUUAAUCAAGCAAUUUGUGGACUUUAA